CUCCCUCUCUCUCUCUCUUCCUCUCUCUCACGUGAGAAAUUUUCAAGUAAUGACUAUUAAUACAAGUCUUAGACUCGUAUUUACGUGUUCACACUUUCUAUUAUACACAACGAAGGUGCAAGAUUAAUUUUCGUCAUAGAAACCGUCUCGCAAAGACUCCCAGACCGACUUUCAUGUGAUUCCUCACGCUUUCUUAUUCUAUAAAAAUCGUUUGUUCGAUUUAUAUCGGUGCACUCUCUACGUUUAUUUCAUGCGUCCUUACAUAUGUAUUUUGUCCGUAUCUAAUCUGUAUCUAAUCUGUAUCUAAUCUGUAGAAGCGAUUAGACUUGUAUCUCCUCAACAACACGAGGGGACACAAGUUUGAGAAAUUCCCUAACAGCCAGGGGACAUCCAAAGUACAUCUUGAGGAAAUCUUGAAGACAUUUCUUCGUCCUUAGGACGUCCUCAGGAGACCUUAUGCUGUCUGGGUUUGAGAGAAAAAUUCAUUCUGUCAGAGAGAAAGAAAGAGACAACAAUAAGAACGUGACGACGAGCGGUAAACAUGAAGGAAUAGGGAAACAAGCAAUAUGGAGCGAAGCUGUUUCACCGGAGGGGAACUCCUCAAUUACGCUCGCGCGUUCAACCGGCUCUUUAUAGCGGCUCUCGAACAACGCGCGCCGCGUUCGUUCUGGGCGUAGCGUGUGCCGCACAUGUGCUCGUUUACAGAAGCACGUGCACCGCCGGAUACAAGCCUCUUUUUAUCGGACGGGAGUCGCGUUGCAGGUGCAGUUCGGGCGCGAUGCAACGAGGCGCGGCGCGACGGCCGGUCGGUACUCCGCGCGACGGUCACAGGAACAGGCCUCUAUUAAUAGCCACGAAUGUGUGUGAUUUGUUCGGGAAAGCGCGUCUAGCCGUGGCAACGGCACGACCCGAGCUUCGACCAAGUAUGACGAACUUCGGGACCAUUUUCAAAAGUUAUUUCGCGAGUUAAGCGAAGAGGAGCUCGGAGAGCGGCGUUUCGCGUCGCACCUGCAGAGUCACGCCUGGCGUUUGUGCGAGGUGAUGACCGACAAAGAGUUAAACACAGUCGGGACAACAGACGUCGUCUGCUGAUAAUGACACAACUCGCUCAUAGCAGCUCUUAUUCAAACGCAAUAAAUCGUUGACUCGAUUCUUCGGAAGGAUCAUUCUAAGGUAGUUGGUCCGUAAAGCCGCUUUCUUGGUGAUGUUUUUAGAUAUAUUUACAAAUGUCUAACACAUAUUGACACUUCCAGUCAAAAAUAUUACACGCUAAGGCGUGAGAAACGAUUGUUUCUUUGUGGAUUUCUAAACGCUUUGAGAGUUUGAUGGAUAUUCUCUUGCAAUAAUACCAAAAUUGUGUAUAUAUCAUAAAUCAAUUUAUACACAUUUUGCACAGGUUUGUCGAGCUAUUUCGUAUUAACCACUAUCUUUUUAACAGUAUUGUCACGGACCACCUACCUUAGAAGGAUUUUAUGAAAGGGCCUUUUGAAAGAAUCCAGAAAGAUGAUACGAGGGUACAUAUUUCGACGAUCCUCUGCAGAUAUAUUAAUAGUAUCGCAUUCUUCCUUCCAUCAGCUGAUCCAUUUGGUGGAGAAGUAUAUCCGAACGCUUCGUAGGUAUCCCUGCGGCUUCUCUGCCCGCAGCGAGACGCUCUUCGCCGGAGAAGGUCGUCAUGGCAGUCGAUAAUCCGUCGUACUUCUCGCUGUCCGGCGAGGCGUCGUCGUCGUCGCCGGUGACGACGACGACGACGACGUCGCCCAGGGGCCACCACGGCAGUGGCUUCUCCGCGCUGUUCCGGAGAAGGCCCAACAACAGAAUGGGCGGCGCACCCUCUCAGGGUGCCGUCUCCCUCGCGGAAUCCACACCCGGUAGCCUGGCGCAUCAUGAGGGCCGCGGCAACGUGUCGGGCGCGUCCACGCCGACGGAGGAGCGCGCGCCGAUGUUGGCGCAGAACGGCGCGGUGCAGCCUGGAUGUGGUAAAAGAAGAAGCUUCCGGAACCUCUUCAGGUCUGUGAGCGCAAAUGCAGACCAUGAAAGGACUCAGAAAUUCCUCAAAGGUGACCCGAGGCCGUCUGACGUCGCGCCGCCGUCGCCAUAUCUGCCUCACAGGUCACAUUCGCAUUCCGAGAAAGAUCGACAUCGUCCUAGCCGAGGCAGAAGAGUCCUGAAAUCAGCGAGCGAGCUUCUGUCCAACGACAUGGUUUUUUGCGGUUUAACGGCCAAUUCCAAGCACCGUAAUAGCGAGGCUGACUGCAACAACGUCAACAAUGACGACGAUGACGAUGACGACACAGCGGAGGUUUUCCUCGGCGUAAACGACGCCAGGUAUUACAAUCUUUCGUCUACGCUUCCUGCGGCCAGCUCGACAACAACUUGCCAAAGAAGGCACUCGAUCGGCACUUUCCUCGGGAAAGAAGUAUCCGGUAACAUCGUGACUAAUGUACGACAACAAAAAGCUACAGGAUCUAGAAAUCCGCUGGAAGCGGACGCGGCUGCCGUUUCUGCAUCCGUCGACGAUAUCGAUGGCGGUCCUUGCAAUGACGGAGAAUCCGUCGCCUGCGUCAGGACCAGACGCAGAAAGCACAGAAACUCAUCUAAUAAGGGAUUGCAUUCAGCGAUAACUUCGUCGAGGGACGGACACUCGGAGGACGACGUCCUCUUCGUCUCUAGCAAAGGUAGCGAGGCGUCGAAGUUAUGGAUCAACUAUCUGUCGGCGUGUUUCGAGCAAAUCAGUCGACAGCAAGGGCGACCACCGUACAAAGUGCGUCACGUGGCGAUCGAGGAGCCGAUAGCCCCGAGAACGGAAGAGAGGAUCCGUUGCUCUCGUCUCCAGAUCGUCGUCGUCUGUCCAGUUCUGUUAGAACAAGCCCGUGCUAAUCCGGAGCAUGCUAUUCAGCUGACCAGACACCUGCUUACUGAGAAGGUGUUGGCGAUGAUGUUGGGUGUUCAAGACGGCCACAUCAACGACAGCCACAAGUCCAGCUUGAUCUGCUACGAUCAGUGGAGGAAGUUCUUCGUGAAGGACCAGGACGAGACGUUCGUGGGCGAAUUAUUGGGCGCGGCGGUCGGCAUCCUAGGAACCGCGCCACCGCCGGCACUUAGGGCCGACAAGACUGCAUUCUCCGUGCAUCCGAAGAAAGUCAAGCUGGGGCAGAACAGGAUAAUCGUUCUGCUAAACGACCCCCUGACUCCCGAAGAUCACAUCUCGGUGAUCGUCGACCGUUGUGGCGAUGCGAUCGAGAUAAGCAACGUGAAGAGGAGGAAUCCUUACGCGCUGCAGUUCUCGAUACCAGAGAGGUGUCUCGAAGUUUCCAUGCUGGUCGGAGUGAGAAUAUCCAAGAACGGCUGUUCACUUGGCGUUAGGCAAGUCAAGUGCGAGAGCAGACUCCGAGAACUCGAUCAGAUCCUCAGGGCUCACGACAAUCCUCUCGACUUCAUGUGCCAGACUUUCGGCUUUAGUUCUACUGACCGGGACCAGUUGGACAAUUGGAUGGUUCACGCGUUUCAGAAGAACAUCCCACCCCACUUCAAUCUUCUAUCAACGCCAAGUGGUUUAGUAAACACCCAUAAACAUCACAUAAGUCCCGAAGAAAACCCGACAUUGCUACACUUUGCCGCGCGAUUCGGCCUGGAGAAAUUGGCAUGGCAAUUGCUGGAAUGUCCAGGCGGCGACCUGGCGUGCGAUCUGCGAAACGUCUCCGAAAUGACACCCGCCGAUCUCGCGGAACAAGGCGGGCACACGAAAUUGGCGCAACAACUGCGAGGCUACAUGCAAAUAAACGAGUUCACCAACAUGUACAGCUACCUCAAAGUUAUAAGCGAGACGACUAAUCGACCGACAGAUCACGACUCAGCAACAGACGUUCCGUCGCCGAACGCGAACGAAACCAGCAACGAAAACGAGGAUUAUUGUCAACCGAGACCUCUCAGCGAGGCUUACUUGGUGCCGCCGAUUGCGAGACCAGUAACGACUCUGAUUCCAACUCUGCAAACGACUACCGCCAGUAUGGCCAUGAGCAAUCCCUUAACCGCUAAUUACUCAGUCGUGCCAACGCCUACACCAGUGAUAUUACCGUCCACACCGUCCGCGAGCUCUAACUCUUCGAAUGGACCGGACCUAUCUUUUCAGGGCUAUAUGAAAAUGUACCCUGUCGUCACAGGUUCGAAAUCGUCAACGAUGAACUCGAUGAAGUUACAAUCAUCUCGAACGGGCACGCCUACGCAGUACACUCGUUCGGAGUGUCAUCAAGAUUCUACGGCGGUACGAGAGGACAAUUCCUGUCAGAAGGUUAAUCAGCCUCCUCCCUAUGGCAGAACGUCAUCCAACAGCAGCACCAAGUCCAGAGAACCGUCAGGCCCUCAGGACGAGCUGCUGGAGAUCAUAAACGACUUCAAGAACAACGUCUUCACGAUCUCCGAGGUGGAGAAUCUUGUCGAGAAUUGGCAGAAACGGAACGACGUCCAGCAAAGCUUCAAGGACAAGCAACGGCAGCUCACGGCGAUGCGAGAGGAAUACGAGAGGAUACAGAAGAAGAUGAAAGAAGAAAUGAAGAGUGCGACGCCCUUCGACAAGAUACGAAGGUUCUUCUCCAAAGGGAAGAAAGACGCAAAAGAAUCCACCAGAGUUGCUGCCAACUCGCCUUCGGGCAAACCCGAAAGCGUCAAUGGUGGAUUAGCCGAUCGCCGGCCUGUUAGUAGCUUAAGUCUUCGUAGUGUCUCCAGUUCGUCCUCAUCCGGUAGAAUGAGCACUGUCAGCGGGUGCAGCGGCACGAGCUUGGGCGACAGCGGAACACAUUCCGACUCUGAAGAAAGAAAGCUGCAAAAUCUCAGGGACGAAAAGGCCGGCAUGACAUCCUACGAGAUACCACCAGCGCCUAAACCGUACACAGGUAGGUAUUCACCUGCGCCCGGGUAUUCCCCGUCACCGAGUGCCUCCAUCGUACGCGACCUCGAUCUCCGGCCGUCGCGAUCGCCGUCCCGGGCCAACGACAACGAGUACUACAUCGCAUUCCCACCGUCGGGAUUACCCGUUCACGCGUUCAAAGCGGACGGCUCUCCGCGGGAACCGGACACUCCGAGCUCUCCGUGCGAAUACUCCAAGUGUCUCGACUUCGCCCGGAACGUCGUUGCCGCGCCGGACGAACGAGACGGGUUCGAGACGGCAACGAAACACAACAGCUACGCGAACAUCGACCCAUUAGCGCCGAGUUUAUUCUCGGAUUCGACUCGCGCCCUGGACGGCAUAAGCGACGAGGCGACGUCGGUCAAUUCAGCUCGCGCGAGUGAGGAAAUUGCGAGAGAACGUCGCGCUGACGAGGUUGCCGAAGCGUGUCAUCCCGACACCUCGAGGACGAAGCCGUCGGUGCUCGCGCAAUCAGUCGCCGUCGACGAGGUCGAUUCCGCGACGUUUGUCGCUCGAAACGACCAGGACACCGCGGUGAGGUACGAGCAGGCGCGCACACCGGACUUGACAAACGUGCCGAACCAUAUGAAUAUCGAGGCCAAUGAGAGCGGCAGAAUGCCGGAAUACAUGAACCUCACUAUUAAUAUGGGUCACGACUCCGUCAAAAUCCUUGGCGCCAUACCAAAGAAACUGCCCGCGCCGCCUGUACCGCCGAGAGGUACGACUUCUCGUGUUGAAUAAUUUCACACAGAGCAGACACGAGGUGUCUACCGCACUACGUCGAAUGACUGGAUACGUUAUUACUCAAUCAGGCACAAAUUACUGGAGGAUGUCUUAAAAACUUCCAAGAGACGUCUAAAAGAAAUAGGACGUCUGUUGGACGUAUUUAAGACACCCUUUAGUAGAUUGAGUGAUGUCUGGAUGUUAACUAACGUUGACUGCCGUUGAUUAUUGUAAGACUCUACUGAAGAUUGAGUCACCAAACAUACGGUAAAUCAAUGCAAUUCGCGAUUAUCGACGGCCGUUGUUAUUAAUGAGUAGGGCUAUUUUAAGUCUGCUUGUGUGUCACAAGCCGGAUACGCAAUCUACCUGAUGAAGCUCAUCUAGGUAGAUUCGCGAUCCUAGAUAAGCGUUGGAUAUCACACAUGGCCUCUCAAGCGAGAUGAAUCACUGCUCUAUUGCGGUGGACUUUUAUUCGAUUCUCUGAAGUUAUUUUCCGAAGAGAAAGAUCAAUUGCGAAAGGACUGCGGAAAUUUUCUACGGAAUCUCGAUGAAAAAGGAUUUCGAUGACGCAUGUGUGUUCUCGAAAUCGCGAGUCCGUGAAGUGAAAGAUCCUUGUUCGGCCGAUCGUUACGCUAAACUAUUUGGAAAACCAAAUCGUGUUAAAAUAAAAAAGUACCAAUACCCAAUCCUGAAUAUUGUUGUUUUGGUUUUUAAAUGCGAAUAUUUAAAUUUUUAACAUAGAAUAUAUAUGUAUUUUCUAUAUUUUUUUAUUAAAAAUUUAAAUAUUCGUAUUUAAAGACUAAAACAAUAAAAAUGUCCACAAUUAGUGUCCAGAUAUUGAUAAUUUUAUCUUAAUUGUUAUAUGUCGGCAUAUCGACUGAUGAAAUUCGAGUCGCGAAAGGGAUAAAAAUAAGUACUGCAACGUAAUUUUCAACAAUUUUCCCCGGCGCUGUAGUGCCUGAUUUCAUAUUUUUUAAAUAUAAUCUUGCACACACAUACAUAUAUACACAAAUACAUCACGAUAUCAAGUUAGGAUUAGUUCGCAGUUUCACAAUCCUAAACUACUUUAAGAUUGAUGUUUAACGAGUUCUCAUUAUAUGUUGCAGUCACGACUAAGAAGUAGGAACCGGAAAUCGACGCGAUCGCAAGUGAAAGAGAAUUUCUUUUGUACAUUGCGUGGCGCGUUUCCCUUCUUUUUCGUGCAUUAAGCCACGACUGAACUUUCGUGAUGACUAAAACUCAGAUCAGUUAAUGUUUAUCACUGAGAUUUAUCUGUGUAUUUCAUACUCGUUAAUUAUACGUUACAUUAGUUUAGCUACGUCGAAGGAGAUACUCUCGCGUGGCCACGAUAAUUAGGAUAUAAUCACUAUCGCUCUUAUACCCAAAGAUAAGAAGUCGCGAUAUUCAGCAACACACGAAUCCACUCGCCUCAUAUUAUUCGUACAAAAGCAGCAGCGUUGAUCUAAUUAGCUCGAAUAUGAUAAUUAAUUAAUAAAAAAAUAUAUAUAUUAUGGUAUCACUAUACGAUAGCAAAGUUAGUCGGAUUAAGCUCCGAGAAAUGUAUCGCGCUACUUUUGCACGCAGCGAGAACGACGUUUCAAGUACCAAGGACGCAUUUAUCUCUAAUUAUAAGGCCAACGCGUAAACCGCGAAUGUUUUAUACCAUUUUUAUAAUUCCCGCCGACACGACUUUAUUUUAUAUAUACAUGUAUAUUUAUAUAUGUAACGAAGAAAAAAAACGGCACGAAGAAAAAUACAAGAGCAAAUCCAGA